AUGCGGCCCAGGACCGACAACGCCCUUCGCGGCGGGGCCGUGCCCCCAACAAGCAGCUCCAGCAAUAGUAGUAGUAGUUGCAGCAGCAGCAGCAGCAGCAGCAGCAGUAGUAGUGGUAGCUUCCUCACAGUCUCUUCGCUGUUCCCCCGCAGCAGCAGAUUUUCGACUUACAUGCGCAUAGAGCGCUGCAGCGGCGUAGGGCGUAACGGCGCUGCGAAGGCGGAACAGCAACAGCAGCAGCAGCAGCAGCCAGUUGUGAAUAUUCAUGUGGCACUGCAACGACGGGGCCUCAGGGACUGUGAUGUGGAGGAGUUCGUUCAGUGGCUAUCUCAGUGCGUGCAGCAGCAUGGCCGCAACCGCAGCAGCAGCAGUAACGGCGACAGCAGCAGCAGCAGCAACGCCGGAGCCAGCGGGGGCCGCAUGCCGGCGCUGGUUAUUUUGUCCAUGGACUUGGCAGAAAAUAGCAUCAGCGGAGCAGGGGUUUCUUGUUUGCUGUCGUUCUUCACCUGCUUCUGCGCAUGCAUGCGCCUCACCAAAAUUAAGCUGUACAAGAACAACAUAGGGGAUGCAGGCGCAGCAGCGGUGGCUUCCUACAUUACCAAAGCAGCAUCAGCAGGUUGUCUGCUUCUCGAGGAACUCCAUUUGUCCCACUGCAGCAUCAGCAGCAGCGGGGCGCUCCUUGUCAUGAACGCGGUUGCUGCUGCUGCUGCUGCUGCUGCUGCUACUGCUGCUGACAACGCGGUGUACGUGUACCCCAGACUUGACGCCCGCAGGAAGGCCUAUGUCCCCUUGUGGCUCAGAAUGGAAUAUAAUCAAAUUGUAGAUCCCAUGGCUCUAGUACGCCAAUGGACUUCGACUGCUAAGCAGAAGAGAGGAGCUGCCGCUGCUGUUUGCUUUGCGGACAAGCAGCAGCAGCAGCAACACUGCACCCCGGCGCGGUGCUGGAAAACGACUGCGCAUGCAACCACACCAGUACUGCAUAUGUACAUGUUCGCCCACCAAGCUCCUACGGAGAGCAGGCGUGGCCAGACCUGUCGUACCCCAGCGGGGAAUAACACGGCAAACGCAGCGCCCUCAUCUCAGAGCAGCAGCGCUGCCCCUCCAGCUUCUGCGUCAGUCGCUGCAGCACCAGCAGCUGCAUCAGCACCAGGCGUACGGACAGGUGCAGCGCCAGCGGCACCAACAACCCAGCGUGUCAAGUGCGCAGCAGCCAACACCUCUCGUCGCUCAUCAGAUGACCCAGGAGCAAAACAGCAACAGCAGCGAGGCAGCAAGGCGUCGCUUAGUAGCAGUAGCAGCAGCAAACAGCAGCAACAGAAUGCAUCGGCUAGCGCUGCUGGACCUCGCGGUCGCGACUCAACAGCGGCGACAACCGCAGCGCCAACAGGCGCAGUUGAGCGACGGGGAGUAUCCUCUCGGGUAUCAUACGCAGCUGCAGCAGCUGGCGCACAUCCUGCUGCCUGUGCUGCAGCACUCCCGGCUGCAAGGGAUGGCAGAGCUGCAGAAGGGACAACAUUACCAGCCGCAGUGUCAGCAUCACCAGCACCAGCGACAGGUUCCGCUUCGGCAGCUGCAGCACCCGCGGCGCCAGCAGCAGUGACAGCAAUGGAAACUCGCCGCAGUUCCAGUACAUGUUCAACCGCUGCAGCCGUUGCUGCUGCAGCCAAAGUCGCAGCAGUGGCGGCUGCAGCACCGCCAGCCCCGGGCGCAGCCUCAGGGGAGGCACCAGCAGCCGGAGGGGAGGCUGCAGAUACGACAAUUGCGGAAGCAGCAACAGCAAAGCCGUCAGCGCCAGCAGCGGCAGGGGCUGCUUGCAGCGCUGACAUAUUGCACAGCCUACCUCUCUACAUUUUUUUGGAUUCGUCCGCCGUCACGCAGAUGAAUGAAGGGACUUGUGCUGCUCACACCCAUUGCGAGGAGCCAUGCCCAAUAAGCCUUGCCGGUUUGCGCCGGUUAUACAGCGGGGGACAGUUGGCUUGCAGGGAACGGAAGUCCUCAGCAGGAGUUGCAGCAGACGCAUCAGUAGCACAAAACUCGCUGUCGGAUAGCGACAUUUCAGUAUUUCUUGUUACGGACUACGUAGAGCGGGAAGUUGCCCGCAUGCAGCAACAGCUGCAGCGGCAACAGCAGCAGCAGCAAGACGCCCUGCAGCAGCUGCGAGAGCUUGCGAGUGAUUUUCAAGUCGUCGAAUACGUUGAAGGGAUGAAAAAGAGCGCGAAGCAGCAGCAGCAGGAGCAACAGUUCUCGCUAUUGUCGACACAGGAUGUGUCUCUGGGUCGGGCUCUGCAACUCAGCGCAGACACUUUAGAAACAAUAGACUUCGGACUGCUGUGGAAAAAGCACCUGGAAAAAGUAUGGCUGGGAUUCAAUAGUAACGGCAGUGGCAGCAGCAGUGGCAGCAAAGCCAGCGAUGGACUCGUCUUCAUGCUGACGGCAGAUCCUGCAGUCAAAGUGUUUCUGCAGCGCGUUGCCGCACCUUCCUCUGCUGCUGCUGCAGCUGCUACGGCAGAGAGAAAGCCUCACGUGCCUUGCAUGCUGCUUGAAGAGCUCUGCUGUUGCCUGGGGGCGGCAUACCCUCACCUGCUGCAGCAGCAACAGCAGCAACAACAGCAGAGACGGCAGCAGCAGCAGAGACCCCUAACGGCAGGAGACCUGCGCAGCUUGAUGCUUGCUGCCCUACAGCAUCAGCAGCAGCAGCAGCUAGCAGACGAAGCAGCAGCAGCAGCAGCAGCAGCAUCCCCAGCAGCAACAACUGCGGCGUCAGGUGGAGCUGCAGCAGGAGGUGCAUGUGCAGCGACAACAGCAGCAAUUACAGCGGCGACAACGGCAACAACUGCAGGCACUAUAUCUACAGCAGCAACGGUCGCAGAAGCAGCUGUAGCAAAAGAAGCGGAGGCACGACUUAACGGCGAUGCAUACGCUCCAUUUUUUUCUCCCCUGGUUGCAGCAGGCUUGACAGAUGCAACUUAUAGCAGCAGCAGCAGCAGCAGCAGCAGCAGCAGCAGCAACGCCAUCAGCAGCCUCUGCGGUGCAACAAGCUUUGCAAAUCGCACGGUCGUAACGGUAGAAGAGAUAGAGGAGAUACAACUACGGCAGCGACAGCAGCAACAGCAGGAACAACAGCAACAGCAGCUUCAGCCGGUGCACUUGCCGCCAAGAUUCAGCAGCCCACCUAGCAGCUCCGAUGUAGCGGCAGCGGCAGCUGCAGCAGCAACAACGGAUUUCCUUUUCGCCUCAUAUUUAGAAGAUGAAAGCAAGCACAACGGCUUACGAGAUGGGGGGCAGAAAGACCCAACGCUUGCUGCCGCUGCUGCUGCUGCUGCAACUGCUGAACGAAGCGAGCUGAGUUUUGGCAGCAGCGCAGGAGCAGCUGCAUCGGCAGACCCGUAUGCUGCUUCAGCGGAGAAAAGGGUAACGGACGACGCAACGCCACUCUCAAAGCGCCUUGCUGCUCCUGCUGCAGCGGUUGUGCCGCCUGUGGAACAGCAACGAGCACAAGCGGUGGAACCGCCAGCUGGUACGCAACUACCGCAGCAACUUUCGCAGCAGCAGGUGCCGCAGCAGCCCCGAAGACCGCUUGGAGACUCCGCGCUUCAUCAGCAACAGCACGACUGGGAGCUCAAGGAUGAGCUGAUAACGGCCAUUGCAAUGGUUCAGGAGCUGGCGACUCGUGUCCGUUUAUCGGAUCCAGCAGCAGCAGCAGCAGCAGCAGCAGCAGGAAGCAGCUGCAUCGGCGACGGUAUUCUUGUCGAGGAUCUGUUGCGCCGCGCGCAGCUGUGUGUGUAUCGGUGGCGGCGGCUACUCCUGAAGCAGCAGGAGCAGCAGGAGCAGCAACAGCACCACCAGCAGUCGUGGGAGCAGCAGCAUCACCCGCAGCAACGGAUGGCUGUUCAGCAGCGGAACCUUUCCCCAGUGUGUCUCACUAGCUCUUUGCUGGCCCUUCACGAUCAGCAGCAGCAGCAACAGGAACAGCUGCACCAGCAACAUGCGUGGGAGCCGCCGCACCAGUAUGCACGCUGGCCGACAGCUCUAGAGCAGCAGCAUCCUAUUCCUGGCGUCUGGCAGCAGCAGCAUGGAGAGCUCUUAUGGCCAGGGGACGUGGAUACGUGGCAUCCUCACCACGGUAUGCGCCAACAUCAGCAGCAGCAACCACAACAAGGAGGAUCUGCAGUAUGGCCACAACAGCAACAGCCUCUGCAGCCACAACAGCAGCCUCCAGCGGUACAGCAGCAAGCCAAUCAGGAGAACUGGACCCCAGCGGUGCUGCUGUAG